AUGCUCCGUAUUUUCUACGUGUUUGUUUUAAUCCAUUUAUCAUACGGUUGCUUUAAAUGGAAUAGUAAGUCCCUAAAACAUUUUACAACUGUUGCUAUAAUUAUCUGAAAUGAGAAUUUUGUGUAAAAAUGGGUUUAUAUGGCGUUUUUUAAAAUUCGUAAGCAUCCGUGUUCUGACUUUUAUGAAAGUUUGGCUUGUUCUUUCUUGAAUUUAUAAUAUUCUUAGGAGUUUUACAGCCCACCUAAUGCAUAUGUGUUAGAGUGCCGUUUCAGUAACACAGUAUAGGUCAUGAGAUGUAAUUCGCACUUAACACGCGCUUGUGUUUUCAAGAAACUUUUGAUUGGUAGGUAAAAUGACAGCAAUGGUGGUUACGCUUUUAUCAAAACACAUAUUUUGUAGGGUCAAACCGAUCAAAAUGUUGAUAAGUUUAAUUGAAGUUUUUGAAAAUGAGAAAAUAGAUAGUUUUUCGAUAAAUUCGCUCUCCUUUUUCGGGAAAAAUAGGUCUAGUAGAGUAAGACAUUUUAGCAUUCAAAAUGCAUGAGUUUAACUCCAGAAUCUUGGUAAAUUUUUGGAAGAAUAUGGUAGGCAGUUUGAAAUCAUAUGGUAAAUGCUUCCUGCUAACUGUGAGUUUGAAUUGCAACUGCGUACUUGGAGUUGCAAAACCACGCGAAAACAGAUAAUUCUGAUAAAUUGAAAUGAGGCUGCAUUAUAAGAAACGUUUAAGUCCACAUUAUGCACAAACACACUGCGCAUCAUGAAAAACGCAUAGUUUAAUCAAGGAUGUAUUCCCAUCUGAACUGUGGUAAACCCAGAGCAGGUUACUGUUGGGUAUAUGAACCAGUCUUUAAAGUAAAUUGAGGAGACGGUCGGUUACAGAUAACCCAGUGCGCAAACGGGGUGAAGGCCAAGUAACCAAUUGCAUAAUUUCACAAUAGGCCGGACUGUCUGGUAUAAGAUAAGCCUAAGUUAUUUUUAUAUAAUACGUGAUAUCGACCAUUGCGCAGGAUAAUAGGUAGAGAUUUCUGUAACGUUUGGACGACAGCUUUGGAAUUAGCCUCUUAUUGGCCGCCUGUACAAAUCACACUCAGCAAAAUAUAACUGCUGAAUUUGGAUGACUUCCGCAAAUUGAUUUUUGCUGGGUAGCAAAUUAUGCCAUCUCUAAAUAUUUUACUUGAUAACAGGGUAUCUUAAUUAAACUUUGCAAAACACAGGACGCGAAACAUUCUCGGCAGAUAAAAACUUACAAACUAUCGCCUGCACAAAAAUUGUUAACUCGGGAUAAACAGAUAUAACUAGCUAAUUUUAGCCAGUCAUAGCCAAUCCUAGGCUAACUGGACCUUAGCAUCGAUACCGAAUUUCUUUGUCAUUUAAUGUGCUUAUGGCCGAAGUUCAGAAAGUACACCAACGAUUCGUUGUUCUGUUACUUGUGCUUGGUGUGCAUAUUGGCAGAACCAUUCGGAAGCUGACAUUCAGGAAAGCAUUGUUCCAAAGCGCUUAUUAUUUGUGAUGUGAUUAGCGACAGGAAAAACGCUAUAAGAAGGACCGAAUCGGAAGAAAACACAUGCUACUCAUAGAUGCAGACAAAAUCAAUAUGCAUAUAUGUGCCAAGUGUGGUAAGUUUAAGGUUUCUGACCCGAACAUUCAGAGACUCGUGCCCCCUGCCUUGAUAAGUAUUAGGAAAGGAAAAUGCCUUCUCGCAGAACGCUUAACCAGUAUGCAUACUAAGGUGCACUUCGCAGCCAAAUUCUUAACAGAGUAAUGGUUUACGCUCAACUGAAAAGCAAGUUGCAUUGUUUGACUUUAGGGGAGAUUGCCACUUUUGAAAGUCAAAAAGUAUUUAUCGAAAUGCCGAAAUAUUUGUCCGUUAAAGUAAGCUACAUACUUAAGGUUGUAAUAUCGACGAACGUGUUGCAUAAUCAACAGCGAACUUCCCAAGUCAGGUGUCAGGGCAACAUAUCCAGAUGGGCAGAAUCUUCCGUAAUAUGGGGUGCGGGGGGCAGCCUAGAGAACAACAACAUCAAUAAUUUCAGCCCGCCGGAGUCGUGAACAUGUGCCCGAAGCCCAACUUAUCAGCCGCUAAGUGAAGGCAAGUGGCCAAUCCGCGCCACGUUGUCGCUUUGUUGACAAUCUGAGUAAUUAGGAAAAAUACUGCGGGCGGAAAAUGUGUCUUAGGUACAUCAAUGACAACACCGGCAAUCAAACUUGCUUAAGACCAAGAUAGUACAACGUACACGAAAAUCGUGCUCGUCGCCUAUUGAAUUACAUAACAGUAAAUCGGUCGGUAAAUAAAUGAAUGGUAAAUUCUCUCGAGUUCCCCAGAGUAGCUGAGAAAGAAAAUUAAUCACUUGAGUAGAAACUGUAUCUGUAAAAAUUGUCGAUUAUCGUCAACGCCAACCUCUUACCCAUUAACAGAAAUCACUUAAAAAAAGCAACAGCUUAUAAGCGCAUGUAUACUUCCGCUCUCUCUCUCUCUCUUGAUUUACUGUGUCUUCGGCUACUGAGCUGCAAUGUCAGGGGUCAUUUAAUUUCCCCGUCAAGUCCCCCGGAAUGGUUAAUCGGGGGAUCGGUAGGUUUAGAGAUUAUCCUACACCGGAUAAAGGUAAUAAGCCAACGUAGGGAGCGCGAUUGCCUCGCUUGUUGACGGACUGCCUUGCGAUGCUCGCGCGUCUUUCCUUUUUAAUCAGAUAAUGGCCUGAGUGAAAUUGAGAGCGUAAAGGCGACUCCAAUUGAUAGAUAUGUUUUUGGUUAGUGAUGACUUCUCUAUAGACCCUCUGAAUACUAUCAAUAUUUUAACCAUUUAUACAAUCUUAUACUUUGCAGAUGAUGAUGACUCAAAUAACAGCACCGUCGGGAAUGGUUCAUCUACAGCUGCACCUCCGACUUCCAUGAAACCGGGGAAUGCGUCCGGUAACAUGGCAGCUAAUGUGUCUUUUAUUAAAAAUUCCACAGGUGAGUUCAGAUCUCACUUGUACUCUGUGAUGACGCAGGCGCAUGACAUGAGUCAAGUGCAUGCUUCAGUAUAUUUCAAUUAGUUCAUUGUGGUUAAGAAGAAAAUAUAGUAUCUUUUGAACUAGCUAAGCCUUCGUUCGACAUGCGGAAUAGGCACGAAAAUAAUCAACAGAUAGUAAGCCAAAGCGCCAGCUUGACUGACAUUUCACUAAUUGCAAAACUGCAUGAAUGUAUACCGACGUCUAUUUAAAAGGUCUUUUUGACUCGUCAGUCUCUCAGCAAACAUUCUUACGGAUUAUUAGUCUAGACGUCAUAUGAUUAGUUAUUAGUAAGCAAGGCUUGGUCAGCAAAUACAAUAGUUACAGAUGUGACCGGGAUAAAAGAUGGCGGAAGAAUUGGUUAUGUUUGAUAGCGCAACCUGUGUGUUUCAUCAAUUCUUUCUUUUUUGCUCCUAGGCAAGGCGACUUCCAGCUCCAUACGUUCUCAGUUUGGGUUGGAGUGGUUCGCUCUCUCACUGGCGGUCAUGUGCUUUUUGUUUUAA